UAUCGGAGGCUGAGAAGCGACCUUUCAUAGACGAGGCGAAGCGACUGCGCGCACUGCACAUGAAAGAUCACCCUGACUACAAGUACAGACCGCGCAGGAAACCCAAGAAGCCACUGACCAUCACCAGGUAUCCGGGCAUGCAGUCGAUCCCGUCGCUAUCUAACGCCGACUACCUAACGGCAGCACUACCGCGAGCCUUCCACAACUUUCCGCAGACGUCGCUGCCGACGUCCAUCAGCAUGUGUACGUCGGCGGGAGGCGGCAUCGACUCGCUGACGACGGAGAAAGCGCGUGCGGCGCUGGCGACGUCCGUCAUGAGCAACCCCGCGUUUUACGGCUACCCGCACUUCUCCGCCGAGGCGUUCGCCGCCGCUAAGCUAGGCGAGAUGACGUCACUGCGGCCUGCCGACGUCCCGCAGAGCAUGUAUCCGACGCUCUACCCUUCUCACUCACCGUUCAGUACGGGCGGCGCCUGCAUGCCGCACAGCCACAUGCCGGGGCAAUACAUGGUACCGUGUAACGGGUGUCCGCCCGGAUACCUGACGUCGGCUGCCGUCGCGGCGGCGCAGCAGGACAUCCGGCGUCCGGUGGCGUACGUGUUGGUCAAGCCGGAGGAUCAUUACGGUCACGGCACGGGAUCGCCGACAGCUCUGCCUGCCGUCACGGCAACGCCUCGCCUAUAAAGCCGAGCGUCGCCUCACUCACUCAUACACAUACACAUACACAUACACAUACACAUACUCACUCACUCAUACACAUACAUAUACACAACAUGCUGAUCACUCACAGCUAGGACCUUAUCACACACAAUCAAAUAUACGCUAACAUACACACCUAGGACCUUAUUACAUACAGAUACACACA